AUGGGUCUACUCAUCGCUGCUAUGAGGACCAAACCAUCGGCAAGGAUCCACCAUCGCAAUGUCAAGACACUCAGGGAAGGCCAACAGGGAACAACGGCCAUUCAAGCAUCAGCCAUAACCACAAGCACCGACAUCCACAAUAGCAUCGGCACCACUAUCACGAAGCAGUUAGAUACCAAUAUCAACUCCAAACCCAACAUCAACAUGCUAACGCUUCCCCCGGAGAUCCACCAUCUCAUCACCACCCACCUCUCGUACCCUGACCACCUCUCCCUGACCCUCAGCCACCCACACUUCAAAACACUCCUAGCCAACACCACGACCAUCGCACAACGGAUCGCGUGGAUCCAGAGCCGGGCAAAACUGUACCUCCCGAUCCCGCACGACAGCAAAGUCGACUUCCGGACGGACACGCUGUUCGUGCUCAACGCCGAAGUGACGCGGAUCCUGCGACGGCGGCGCCAACACGUUGAGUGCGUCAACAACCCACUGUCGCGCCGGCUGGUGUACCUGAAGAUCCUGAAGGACCAGGGCGAGACGAUCCCGCUGCGCUGUUUGGUCAACGAGGGCCAUGAAUGUCCCGGCCUGGUCGUGCUGCGCGCCGAGACCAUGCGUGACGAAAAGACCCUGCGUCGUCGCCUCUUGAGGUCGCUCGGCUGGUCCAGCGCCUAUUGGGACUGCGGCGACCAGUACUGGGAGUUCCAGGAGUCAAGGCCGCCCCUGUGGUUCAUGACGCUCGAUCCUCGUGCUUGGAGCCAUAUUACCGUCAGGCCGCUGUGGAGGUUUGGAUUGUACCUUUCCGCUGUGUAUUUCUGGCUUGCUGUCUUGGUGGCGGUCGUGCUGGGCGUUUUCACGGCGAGAGCUUGCGGCGUCACGGUCGCUGGGCUGUGGGAGGACUUUGUGACGUCGUCACUGCGAUGGGUUGGGGGCGUGUGGAGCGAUUGUGCGAGAGAACUGCACUUACCUCCAUGA